CUUUGGGGAAAAGGAGAUAAAAUAGUAUUUUUUCUUUUUAUUUUUUCAUUGUUAAAUGACUGUUUUUGUAACUUUGUUUCAACUGUGGUACUAGGGUAAUAUUUUUGUGUAAAUAUAGUUGCAAAAGAUGUCGAAAAACUUGUUCUAAUGUUCUAAUAUCUGCUAAUAUAAGUAUGAAUGUAAUUCUGCCGUUUAAAACAGAAAAAAAAAGGCUAGGGUUUGGUUGGAGUAAACAGGGUUAAACAUGUGCUCAGAACAACCUAGCUUCAUGUAAAACUUUUAGUUUCUUUUAUCUUUUUUCUAAUUGGAUAAGCCACAAGGUCUUCACGUGUUGAGUCAUUUCUAUUGGUUCCUGGAGUGAGAGGGGCGGGAGAAGGAGGCUGAGUGAGCGAGCAAGAGAGAGAGGGGAGUACAAACGGCAACAGUACGGAUGAAAAGUUAGUUUUUUCUCUAAGGCUUUUAGAGUGGAAAAAAAACGCUAUUAAUAUUUGCAGAAAGUGUCUGCUAGACCUUUUAAUGCAGAGCAGUAGAGUUCUAGAUAAGUAUCUCUGAGUAACUUCCUAACUUUCAGUUAGAUAAGUUAGUGAGCUGAGUGUAUUGAGCAUCUGUUCUAACUUGUGCCUGAGUUUGGCUGGAGAAGCCAGACGAGCGAGGAGAGCAAGUUCACCGUCAGCUACGAAUGAGGGACUGUCGCUGUACUUCAGGAGAGCUGUUUUGGUCGGAGUGACUGGAACGGAGAGCUUGACUUUGCCUUGGUGAGAGUGGGCUACACCACUCCAUAUCCCGGGUAGCUGGAGCAGCUAGCACGACUACAGAGCUCCGUCAGUGAGAGUUGCAGCCGAGAGAGAGAAAGAGAGAGUGGGUGAGUGACUGAGAAUGUUUGAAAGGAGCCAGAGACCACUCAGAAUUUGCAGUUUUCUGAAAUCCGUAGCGCUACAUUUAUUUUCUUUUAUUUAGCCCUACGAGGUGAAGCGGCCAUUGUUGUUAUUGUUUUACGGCCUCAACGCUCCCAAGCACCGUAACAGGCCUGCAACGUGGGUGGGAAAAAAAAGGGACAGAAAAAAAGAUUGUGGUGAUAUUUGAUUAAUAAUUCAUCUUUUUGGUAUGAUUGAGUGUAAUACAAAUGUUUUUGAAAAUUUGAUGUAUUCACACUAAAAUGCUCAUUUAAUUGAAGCUACCAAAGAAAAACACUAAAGGUUGAAGUAAAGAGUAAUUUAGCGAACCCUGUGCUCCGUCUGUGUUACUCAAGUGUAACUCACUUUCAUUAUAAAGGGAUAGGAGCGCUACACAAAAUGGAGGCACCGCUGGGAUUAGUUUUUAAUGUAGCUAGAUACAGUCAGAAUAAUUCAUAACUCUCUAUUAUUUUAUAUUUAACUCUUUAGUUGACACUCUUAAAUACCUCAAAAUUGAAAUGGAGCAACAGCUGUAUGAUAGAUUUCAAACAGACCUACAGAACUGGUGUAAGGGGGAAGAUUUAGAUGUUAAUCAUGCCAUGUUAGUGGUUGGGGUUGGCGAGGAUGAUACUAUUGCUAAAAUUGAAGAAGAACUUCAAACAGUCCGCUGCUGGGGACGUGUCAGAGUCAGAGGGAAAACUUUUGAUGUGGAGACUAAUAGUUUAGUGGCUCUAUGUGAGUGCAGGGAAGUGUUAAGCACACUCAGUGUCCCUCCUGAAGUACGACCACUUAAUGGUUCUUUACCUUGGAAAAUCGUCACAACCAACCCAGCUCAUGCUACUUCAGAGGAGUUUUCGGAAAAGCUAAAAAAGUUCAUGUUAGCAGAGGGGAAAAGAAUUGAGGACUUGCAGUAUUUCUGCCACCCUCCUAGCCCUCAAGACAACACAGUGGAGUCUCUAGUGCGUAUUAUGGGAGAAUUCAUGAGCCAGUCACGAAAAGCCCCAUCUGAAAAUCAUAGCUACCGCCGCCUCAGACCCUUUUCUGGAACUACUCCCACCCCAUUAGGGGAGGAGCAGCUAGAGCCUUGGAUAGAACAAGCUACUUUGCUGAUAGAGGAGAGUGACUGUUCUGAAAAAGAAAAAAGGCGAAGAGUCAUGGAGGGCCUAAAGGGUCCAGCUCUUGAGAUUGUAAGGGCUUUGAGAUUCACCAACCCUGAAACGAAAGCAGAGGAGUACCUAGAUGCCCUAAAUCGUGCUUUUGGCUCCGCAGAAUCUGGUGAAGAUUUAUAUUUUUCCUUCCGAUUAGUGCAGCAAAAGUCAGGGGAAAAAUUGUCUGACUUUGUUCGGAGGCUGGAGCCUCUAUUAGCUCGUGUAGUCCAGAAAGGUGGUCUGCUACCCAAGGAUAUGGACCGAGUGAGAGUGGAGCAACUGCUCAGAGGUGCAGUGGGAGCAGACCUACUGUUACUGCAAUUGCGACUAAAAGAGAGGAGGAAUAGCCCCCCAACAUUUCUAGAUCUGCUGAGUGAGAUAAGAGCAUGA